UAACAUCGUUGCCUAGUGAGUUGCAGCGCGCCAUUCUUCUCUCUGACGCUUUCAUCGACAUGAAGCAAAGCAAAUCGAAGCUAAAGAUCGCCUCGAAGGUCGGCAUGACGGCGUCGAGCGCGAAGCUUAUGACACAGAGUAAGACCGGAAAGCGUUUUCAAGGCGCUGGACGGGAUGAUGAUGACGGAUUGGAUGACGACAUUGAAGAACACUGGAUGCAAGCUAGAGUGCUUGUGAAACCUGAGGAUCAACUUCAACUCACAGAGCAGGAGUUGAAGGAAGAGUUUACUCGCAUUCUUACUGCAAACAAUCCGCAUGCUCCCAGCAACAUAGUGAGAUAUAAUUUCAAGGAUCGUGAGUACAAGCAGUCAUCCAGCGUCGAUCAGCUAUCUGUCCACUUUGCACUUGAUGGGUUUAUGGUUCACAAGGACUCCGAUGAAGCAUUACGCCAACUAGCCAAACAAGGACAAGCCGUUGAGGAAACUACAAGUCAUCAAAAUAUUGGUACUGAUCCGCCGCCGACUACUGCAGAACAAGGCACUGACACUGAGGAAGGAAAGGUUGCUGAUGGAGGCGGUGAAGAGCCACCUCCGACUCCAGUGCCUCCUGGUGGAAAGAAGCUGACAAAUCAGUUCAAUUUCAGUAACAGGGCGACACAGACAUACAACAAUCCGUAUAGAGAUGAUGGAACAAUGACUGAGCCACCACCAAGGGCCAAUUUCUCAGGCUCAGCCACUCAGUGGCAAAUCCACGAUGCAUAUCUCGAGGAUCUCGAACGACAAGAACGAGAGAAAGAGAAGAAACAGCCGGUACGAUCUACAGGCAAAGACGACUGGAAAAAGAAGAAAACAUCAGUCAUGGAACAUCAAAGCGAUGAUAUAUCUCGUCUCAUCAAGCCUGCAAGGAUAGUCGAACGGAUGGUGAAUCAGAAUAUCUAUGAUGAGAUAGCACAAGACUUCAAGUAUUGGGAGGAUCAAUCAGAUGAAUUCAAAGCAGGUCAGGGAACUCUUCUUCCUCUUUGGAAAUUUAGUUACAGCCCAGCAAAGAAACUCACUGUCACAGCUAUUUGCUGGAAUGCAAAGUACAACGACUUAUUGGCAGUGGGGUUUGGAUCAUAUGAAUUCUUGAAUCAAGUUGGUGGCAUCAUAGGUUUCUACUCUAUGAAAAACCCAUCAUUUCCAGAAUAUGUUAUUGAAACACCCGAGAGUGGCGUCCUCUGCAUUGACAUUCACCCACAUCCUGACAACACAUCACUGAUUGCUGUCGGUCACUAUAAUGGUUCAGUUGCUGUGUAUGAUAUCAAUCAGAGUUGUACGCAUCCACAGUACAAGUGUGAUGCGAGAUCGGGACAGCAUCUAGAUCCUGUGUGGGAGGUUCGUUGGCGCAAGAACGAUCUUGACAACAACAUGAAUUUCUUCUCAGUUGGUGCUGAUGGACGUGUUGUCUGUUGGACAAUCAUAAAGAAUGAAUUGAGAUUCACUGAUUACUUGGUCUUGAAACUGCCUGGUGGGCCUGUUGCUGUAGGACCUGGAGGAGUGGAAAUACAUGGAAAUGAACACGGAAGGACGUUUGAUUUUCAUCGUUCGAACGAAUAUCUCUACCUUGUCGGAACUGAAGACGGACGAAUUCAUAUGUGUUCAACGGGAUACAACCAGGAAUAUGUUGGCACGUUUCACGCGCAUGGUUGGGUGGUGUAUACUGUCCGUUGGAAUCUUUAUCAUCCCAACAUUUUCAUCUCAUGCAGUGCCGACUGGAAAGUCAAGAUAUGGGACCAUACACAAAAAGAAGAUCCUGUGUUUACGUUCGAUUUGAAUUGUUCCGUACGAGACGUGGCAUGGGCCCCAUACUCCAGUACCGUGUUUGCUGCCGUGACGACAGACGGCAGGGUGCAUGUGUUUGACCUGAGCAUUAACAAGUAUGAGGCUUUGUGUGAACAAAAAGUAACUCGUAAGAAGAAGUCUAUUCUUACCCACAUUUCUUUUAAUCAACAUCACCCAAUCAUUGUUGUUGGAGAUGACAGUGGUACCGUAUCCAGCUUGAAGCUUUCUCCUAACAUCCGUAAAGCAUUGCAGGACAAGAACGCGACCGUCGAGACAGAGAUAGCAAAAAUGGACAAGCUGUUGUGUCUCGUGCGAGAACCGAAGGCAGAACCGUAACGAUUUCAUGCUAUUUCCUCUUACUGUAUCUUCAUAAUUGAUGGUACCACAUGUCAGCAUGUCAUAUGUGAUAGUCUCAUUACACUCUAAACUUGUAACCUACAAUACAAUGGCCUAUCGGUUUUGUUAGCACUGGAACGGUUGCUUCUAAUGUUAACGUAUGAUUAUCGACAGUGGCUUAUCUGUCAAUGUGAAUUUGGAAUUUUAUUUCAAACUUG